GUCGGUGAAUUCGUCCACACAUUUAUUUUUUUCAACUAUUUGUUGAGUUUUACUGAUUAUUUGGAAAGAUAUUAAAUCCUCUUGGCUUUGACAAAAAGUCUAUGUUCCGGGUCCUGUCUAGAGUGAUGGGUGACAUCUUAUAGUAUGAGAUCAUGAGACUGAUUCUCCCUAAGUAGCAAACAUGUCUGAUGAAGUUAAAGAAGUUGAGAAAAGACCACUAAGUGGUGAAGCUUGUGAAACAAAUAUCACUAAGAAGCCAAGAACUGAAACAAAUGGAAAACUCAAUGACAACAGAUGCGUAUACCUGGACUAUAAUGCAACAACCCCUCUUGAUGUUGAAGUGCUGCAUACCAUUAGCAACACCCUACAGCAUGCAUGGGGGAAUCCUAGUAGUAAAAGUAAACCAGGCAUUGAGGCAGCUAAGGCAGUGGCUGUUGCUAGGCAACAAGUGUCAGAAAUGAUUCAGGCAAUACCAAAUGACAUUGUGUUUACAUCUGGAGGAACUGAGUCCAACAACUUGGUGUUGCAUACUGCAUUGAAACACUUCCAGAAAACACACCCAGAGUCUUCUGAUAUGAAGCCCCAUUUCAUCACCAGUAAUAUAGAACAUGAUGCAGUCAAACUUGUACUGGAACAUUAUAAGGAAGAAUAUGAAGCAGAGGUGACAUAUGUGCCAGUUUCACACAACACUGGAGCAGUUGAGGUCCAAGGAGUCCUAGAUGCAAUAAAGUCCAACACUUGUCUCAUUUCCAUUAUGCUGGCAAACAAUGAAACUGGAGUUAUUCAGCCAGUUCAGGAGAUCUGUGAAAGAGUUCGUAGUCUUCCUCAAUAUUCAUCUAUUCUCCUCCACACUGAUGCUGCUCAGGCUAUAGGCAAAAUAGAAGUCAGUGUAAGAUCCCUGCCUGUAGACUAUCUCACAAUUGUUGGUCAUAAGUUUUAUGGUCCAAGAAUAGGAGCAUUAUAUUUUAGGUCUAGCAAGACGCCAGAGCAAGCGAGUGCUCCUCUCUACCCAAUGUUUUUUGGAGGCGGACAAGAGAGAAACUAUAGACCAGGCACUGAAAACACAGGCAUGAUAGCUGGUCUAGGAAAGGCUUGUUAUCUAGUAACAAAAAACCUAGAAAACUACGCUAAACACAUGAGAGAACUGAGGAGUUAUUUUGAAUCUAAACUGAGGAGUGUAUAUGGUGAAAGACUUCAUAUUAAUGGAAAGUUUACAGAAAGUGAGAGGUUGCCAAACACGAGUAAUGUUUCCAUAGAAGGGAUGCAUUUGAAAGGUUCUGAUGUUCUGAGAAACUGUCAGUGCACGCAAGCCUCAGUUGGAGCAGCCUGUCACUCAGCAACAAAAUUUUGUGUGUCAAGCAUUCUCACAGCAACAGGAAUACCAGAACAUAUUGCUGCCAAUGCAAUGAGGUUUAGUAUGGGACGUGAAACAACAAUGGAUGACAUUGACACUGUGAUUUUUGACAUUGUUAAAGCAAUUAAGGCUAUAGAUGCCCAUUCAUGA